CGUCGUUCUCUUCGCUACUAAUAUAUUAGAGCGUCUUGUUCCUUGAAGUUACUCGUCCUUAUUAUUUCCUCUACUAUAGCAACUUAAACUCUACGAAUACCUUACAGUCGCUAUCUAUCUUACCUCAAAAAUGUUGAUUAAAGUCCGUACCCUUACCGGAAAGGAGAUCGAGUUGGACAUCGAGCCUGAUUACAAGGUUUCCCGGAUAAAGGAGCGCGUCGAAGAGAAAGAGGGUAUUCCUCCUGUUCAGCAGCGAUUGAUUUUCGGUGGAAAGCAGAUGGCCGACGACAAGACUGCUUCGGAAUAUAACCUGGAAGGUGGUGCCACGCUACACCUUGUUCUUGCUCUGCGUGGUGGAUGCUUGUGAAUGUGUGUGGUGUGACAGAAGGGGGAUGGGAUAAAGAGGAAGAUAUCUGUGUGAUGCUUCAGGGCCGGUAUUAUGAACGCUUUGUAGCGUUGGUUUCUUGUUUCGGGGCUAUGAGCAUGCAUGUAGGUGUCGAUCCUGGGGUGGUGCGGGGGGUUUUAAUGAGCUACAAACCAACAAUGCAGUAAUGACAGUUCUUUACAUACUUUUUUACAGAAGAUGGAGGUGGGUUAGUGGAGACGAUUAUAUGGUUUUUCCUUGUGAAGACGGCAGAAUGCGGAACAAUAUAUGUGAUUGGUUUCUUAUAUAAGAUGAGACUGAGUGGGCAGCCUGUGUAUGUGAUAAGAGGAGGGUAUAAACAUGAUUAAUAUAGAG